CAAGUCCACAAUAAAGUCGGACUCAUCAGCAGCAUGGCUGUCAGUAUAAAUUUGAAGCUUGAACGAUGCGCUUCCUCUCGUCACGUUGGUUUUUUUUGUUUGUGCAUUUUGACGAAAAUGAUAUCGUGUGUGAUUUUGUGUGUUAUAAAUUAUGGAAACCCUUGGGUGCAGUGACCUGAUAUCUGCCUUGUUACGCAAGGAGUGGAAUUAUAAGUUGAGUUGAUAACGACCCUACAGCAUGACGUCUCGGUUAGACCGUCUGUUCGUCCUCCUGGAGGCGGGCGCUGGGCAAGCGACCCGUCGCGCAGCAGCCAGACAGCUUGGCGAGGUGCAGAAGGCCCACCCUGAAGAACUGCACCGACUGCUCGGCAGGCUUAUGACGCAUCUGCGGUCGCCUGCCUGGGAGACAAGAGUAGCAGCCGCACAGGCAGUGGAGUCCAUCCUUGCGAAUGUACCAGAAUGGCACCCAACACCGUUCACGGGCAAGAAAGAAGAGAAGGAGAAGACUGAGCCGGAGGACAAUGGUCGGCUGCGAUGUGAGACGUUUGACAUCGAGCGCGUGCUGCAGCAUGGGGCGCACCUCAUGGGCUCUGAGGGGCACGAAUACGACAUGGACGAGGAGACUCUCAACGCUGCAGAUUCGAAGGAACGUCUAGCGAAACAGAGGCAGCAGUUGAACGCCCGCCUGGGUCUCGACGUGGCCGCUAACCUCGGCGUCGACAUCAGCUCCAUGUACACUAACGAGGACUUGUGUCCUACGAAACCCGCUGUAAAUACAAAUAAGACUGAAAUCUGUAGGAGGCCAGUACAAGAAAUAGUAACGUCCUCAAAACCAUUAAGUUCCCGGGAGAUGAACCUGGCGAAACGCAAGGCGCGGCUCGCAUUCAGCAAACAGAAGUCUCGCGACUGCAGCGAGGACGGACCGUCCGCGCCGCCCACGCCACCUAUCGAACCAGACAGGAAGAAGAUCAAGUUAGAACAACCUGACGAGUUUGUGUUCGAAGUCACAGCUCCAGUGCCAGAUUGCUCAGGCUCCUGGGUGGACUGUACCCGAUGGCCCCUGGAAGCGUGGGCGGGAGCACUACAGGCGCAACUAUUCAGUGCUGCGUGGGAGGCGCGCCAUGGAGCCGCCAGCGCACUGCGAGAGCUACUACGAGCUAAGAUCGUCAGCUCCGCGGGACAGGACGUUAACAUGACUAGUGAGGAAAUGGAACAAGCACAUCAAGAGUGGCUGGAAGACAUGGCGCUCAGACUGCUGUGUGUUCUGGCAUUGGAUCGGUUCGGAGACUUCGUUUCUGAUCAGGUGGUGGCGCCGGUGCGCGAGACGUGUGCGCAGACGCUGGGCGUGGCGCUGGCGCAGCUGGGCGCGCCGCGCGUGCGCCGCGUCGCCGCGCUGCUGGCCGCGCUCGCCGCGCACGCGCACUGGGAGGCACGACACGGCGCGCUGCUCGGCUUCAAGUACCUGCUCGCUGCCAGGCAGGAAGUAGCAUGCGAGAGUGGUGCCUUAGAACAUCUAAUUCAAGGUCUGGAAGACUCAGCAGAAGAUGUAUCAGCGGUUGCAGCUGGAGCCCUGGCCCCUGCCGCCGCCGCACUGGGCAGACGACGAGCAGGGGCCGUGAAGGCAGUCGUAGCCAGGCUAUGGAGACUGUUAGCUGACCAAGAUGAUCUAGCCUCACCUGCCAACUCAUAUAUGGCUUUGUUAGCCGCUCUUAUGGCGCUACCUGAGCCAGCUAGUAUGUUACAUCCUAUCGACUUAGCAGAUGUACUUCCCCGUCUAUGGCCGUAUCUCGACCACUCAACGAGCUCGGUCCGUAAAGCCACGCUACAAACUCUACGGACAUUGACCCGACCUCUAGUCACAAACCAGCCCAAAAACGGGACGGACUCAAACGGCACCAGUGACGUCACCAAUGGAAAUAAUGACGUCACGAACGGGGAACAAGAACAGUAUUUGAAUUGGACGCCCGAGUUGCUACAGGAAGCGAUGAGGCAUAUAUACCAGAGGGUGUUGUUUGAACAUGUUCAUGAGAUACAGGAGAUUGCUGUGCAGGUUUGGGAGAACUUCCUAAAGUACGCGUCUCUCGGAGUGAUCCUGCUGGCCGCGUGUCCGAUGUUGGCGACGUGGCUGUGCCUGGCCAUGCAGCCCGCGAGGUUACCCGUCGAACCCGCCCUGUUAUUGCAUCCACCGCCCAGGGAGCGGCGUGCGCGUACGAACUCUCAGUCGGAGGGCGGCGCGGGCGCGGGCGAGCCCCGGCCGUGCCACAAGUGGUACCUCGGCGGCUCCGAGUCGCAGGCCUGCGCCGCCCGCGACAGGAACGUCAUGAGGGCGCGGUGCCUCGCUGCGCAUAUAUUGGGUUACCUGUCCUGUUAUUUGGUUCAACCUGCACCUGGUAUAGAGUACAAAGCUGAAGAUGAGAGCCCCAUAGACUGUUAUGUUAAGGUGAUGGUGGUAUACCUCCGGUCCGGCAGCGCGCUGCAGCGGUUGCUGGGCAGUCUGGUCGUGUCCAGCUGGGCGCGACACUCGCGGGACACGCGCUUGUACCCGCCCACUCUCACACACAACGGAGGCACCGCCACUAAGGAAGACCAAGGCGACAAUAUACAAAGUAAAGAAGAAGAGAGUAUAAUAUCCAAGUUAGCGCCUCCACUGCUCACGAGUACAUUACACACGGCGCUGAACCAGGCUCUCUACUACGACGAGGUCGCGCUUAACUGUAACAGAAUACUACAAGAGGCUCGCGAUUUGCACGCUAUGAUGAAGCAUUACAAACUACCUGUUGACGGAGAAGAAUUGAGCAACAUCUUGAGGCUAGAACAGGUAGCCUACCUAACGACGAUGUCGCAGCCGCUCGUGGCCGCAAUGAAGCUCAAGCGAGUCGCGCAGACAUUGGAGGACCGGCGCAAGAACUUGCAGACUGCUGUCAAUCUAUGCACUAUUGAACAGGGAUCGCUUAAUGUCUCUGUGCAAGCGGCGAUCGCUGGAGCUUGUGCGAACCUGCACUUGUUGCCGGAGAAACUGAACCCAGUAGUCCGGCCAUUGAUGGAGAGCAUCAAGAAGGAACCCUCGGAGGAACUACAGCAGAACUCUGCCGACACCCUCGCCGUGUUACUCUCACAGCUUGUCCAUAGAGAUCCUUGUCCCAACAACAAGGUGCUCGUCAAUCUCAAGGCGUUCCUCAGAUGUGACCCCGAGUACACGCCGCGGAUAUCGUUAGAGAAUACAGAGGAGACAAAUGGAGACUCGGGGAGCGGGGACAGCGGACCCGAGGGCAGAGGGGAACAAACGCCCAAUGUACCAGCGUUGGACGCGCACGCGGGCAUCGUGACGCUGUGGGAGCAGCAGGCGCGCGCCGAGCGGACCGCGCCGCGCCGCGGACGACCGCCCGCCGCCGCCGCACUGGACCGCGCGCCGCCCGUCGAGGACGAGGCUCGCAAAUUACUGAGGAUACAAAGACGAGGGGCGACGCUAGCCCUGACUAGUUUAGCGACAUACUUCGGUGAAGAGUUGCCAGAGAAACUGCCCAAACUGUGGGAGUUUAUUACUGAACCACUCGAAAAGGUUAUGACUGAUAAUGAACUAGAAGCACAAGAAAGCUCAGCAGCGGAGGAAAUAAUCAGCCGGUUACAAGUAUUGGAAUGCGUAUGCGGGUCCGUAGCCCCCGGGCUGCGCGCGCGGAUAUCGGGCGGCGCCGUGGCCUGCGCGCGACUGGCGCGCUCCUGCUACACCGCGCUGCGACACAUGGCCGCGCGCGCCCUCGCCGCCAUCUGUUGCGCGCGGUACCCGGGGGCCAUGCACGCGCUCAUACACGAGGUCAUACCAGCCUUGAGCGACGUGCGCAGUGACUAUGUACGGUGUGGUGCGGCGGAAACGUUGGCCCGAGUCGUGGACGCGCUACAACUACAGAUUGUUCCAUACAUCGUGCUACUCGUCAUACCUUUGUUAGGUCGCAUGAGUGAUCACUGCGAGGCAGUGCGCAUAAUGUCCACUCGUUGCUUCGCGUCCCUCAUCCAGUUGAUGCCCCUGGACGGCGGAGUGGCGGAGCCCCCGGACCUGACGCCGGAACUCAAGGCGCGGCGCCGACACGACAAACAGUUCCUCGAGCAACUCUUCAAUCCCAAAUCGAUUAAUGAUUAUAAGAUACCCGUCCCUGUGUCCGCAGAAUUGAGAUCUUAUCAACAAGCGGGAGUGAACUGGCUCCGCUUCCUGUACUCGUACAAGCUACACGGCGUGCUGUGUGACGACAUGGGGCUCGGCAAGACGCUGCAGUCCAUCGUAGUCGUCGCGUCCUCGCACUGGGAGCGAGCCGCGCAGAGACUGCCCGCGCUACCGUCACUCGUCGUAUGCCCGCCUACACUCACCGGUCAUUGGGUAUUCGAAGUGAACAAGUUCAUACCGUCAAAGUUCCUGAAGCCUCUCCAGUAUGUGGGUAUACCUUACGAACGCGAGCGGUUACGUCAUCACGUCAAACAUUACAAUUUCAUCGUCGCAUCAUAUGACAUCGUUAGAAAAGACAUUGACUUCUUUAGCAGUAUCAAGUGGAACUACUGCAUCCUGGAUGAGGGUCACGUCAUCAAGAAUGGAAAGACUAAAGUAUUUAAAGCAAUCAAACAAAUUGUUGCUAACCACAGACUGAUUCUGUCGGGCACUCCUAUACAGAACAACGUAUUGGAGCUAUGGUCAUUAUUUGACUUCUUAAUGCCUGGCUUGUUGGGCACUGAGCGGCAGUUUACAGCACGGUACUCGCGGCCCAUACUCGCCGCGAGAGAUGCCAAAGCAACUCCGCAUCAGUUGCAGGCCGGGGCACUAGCUUGUGAGGCUUUGCAUCGACAGGUCCUACCAUUCCUACUACGUCGUGUAAAAGAAGACGUGCUAAAGGAGCUGCCUCCGAAGAUCACUCAGGACUAUUACUGCGAGCUCAGUCCGCUACAACGACGACUCUACGAGGAUCUGUCUAAGGAACAUAUGCCACAAGGCAUUACUUCGCAUCAUACACAUGUGUUCCAGGCUCUACACUACCUACAGAGUGUAUGCAACCACCCGAAGCUAGUGCUGACUGCGGAGCACCCCGAGGCGCGCGCCAUCGCGGCCCGACUGCAGGACCAUCACUCCUCGCUCGACGACAUACACCACGCCGCCAAACUACCCGCGCUCAAACAACUGCUUCUGGACUGCGGUAUAGGCACCCCGGCGUCUGACGUGGAACCAGAAGCUGUAGUAUCCCAGCAUCGUGCGCUGGUAUUCUGUCAACUGAAGAAGAUGCUGGACAUCGUGGAGCAAGAUUUACUGAAGCGCCAUCUACCAGCCGUCACGUACUUACGCCUGGACGGCAGCGUGCCCCCCCACCAGAGACACGCUAUAGUCACACGGUUCAACAACGAUGUUUCCAUUGAUCUGCUGUUGCUCACUACUGCGGUGGGCGGUCUCGGUUUAAAUCUUACUGGCGCUGACACGGUGAUCUUCGUGGAGCACGACUGGAACCCAAUGAAGGACUUGCAGGCCAUGGACCGAGCGCAUCGCAUCGGUCAGAAGAAGGUCGUCAAUGUGUACCGUCUCAUCACCAGAGAUACACUCGAAGAAAAGAUUAUGGGAUUACAAAAAUUCAAACUGCUGACAGCAAACACAGUAAUCAGUAGUGAGAACGCGGCAAUGGAAACAAUGGGUACGGACCAACUGCUGGACUUGUUCAACUUGUCGAGCAGUAACUGCGCGCCGCAGCAAACAUCGCAGCAGUCGGCGGCGGGACCGUCCGGCAUGAAGUCAGUGCUCGAGACACUGCCAGACCUCUGGGACGACAAGCAGUAUGAAGAGGAAUAUGAUAUGACCAACUUUAUAAAAGGACUUAACAAAAUGAGCACUUAGUUUGAAAAUUGAUUCUCAAUAAGCUCAGAUCUUAUGGUGACGAUUAUAUUGCAUGUAGUAAUUUGAAAGUUUACUCCCAACUUCUUCUGUGUUAGUAAUUUGUUUUGUUGUUGGUUAAAACUUUUAUAUUUUUUCUUAACAAACCCAACAAAAAAAAAUAAUCAGUGGAAUUGACUGGUCUAGCCGAAAUUGCGAUUCACUAUUUAAAUAUAUUGAGAUAAAAUUGGUUUGCCCAUCUCUAUCUUUAGGAACACGAUGAUUUGCUACUGAAGCUACUGCAUGCAGUGUGUUGAAUUCACCAUGCUACAUCGAUUAAUAAAUUAUGUGAUGAGAACAUACAACUAAAAGGUUGUUGAAUGAAAUUGUUUUUUAAUAUUUUACUGUUGAAGUUCAUUAAGUAGCUUCAUAAUAUUAUGUUAAAGAAUUGUUGAUGUAGGUGAUAUGUACAAAUUGUACAAUAUAGGUGAGGAAGCACUGGUAAUAUCUACACUUUAAAACUGCUGUAUAUUGUUUUGCAAUUACAAAAAUUGUUUCUUUCAAAUUAAUUUUAAACCAGUGCGUCCAAAUCCUAGUUAUGGACCUUCCUUCAGAGAUUACAGUUAUUUAAAACUUGGUUCUUUGAAGGUCGGUUGCUAUGUUUGAAGAGGCUGACCCAUUCUAGUAGAUGUAAUAUAGAUUUAGACACAGACAGCUUUAGCAAGUUGCCUUACUUCACGGAUCUUGUAUUUCUUAGUGUGUCGUUGUUAGCGUAGAUUCAUUAUUCAUUAGCUGAGGGCUUAGUACGACAAGUUUACUAGGGCCUCUGUUUCUUGCACAUAGUAACAUUUGACAUACUUUCUUCAAAAGCUUGAUUUUUCUAUUGCAACAGUUUGCAUUGAGCUUGAAGAUGCUUGAAGGAGUUUUGUUAACUUAGUAACUGAUUUGAAUACGUUAAGAUUUCCAAUAUAUAAGUACCCAUUUACCUUUCUGAAAUUUCGUCAAUUAUAUAACAUGCUUUUAAUUAAAUUUAAGAUACUUCCGUAUUAAAAAUACAAUUUAAAUAAGUUACAGCUUACUUCAUUGUUCUUAACGAAUCGUAAAUAAUUGAACGUUAUUUGAUAAGUAUAUGAAUAAUUUACAUAUAAUGCAAAAAUUACUAUAGUAAAACCUAUAUUAGUGUUAACUAUCUUGAAAACUUUUCCUGAAGUUCAAAUGUUGAUUGAUAAGAAUUCGUAUCACCACAUCAUCUAGUUGUUUAGGUAAUAAAGAUAAUAUAUAGCUACUUUAACAUUAGGUGAGCAAACCAAAUUGUUUUAGGUAUAAAAUUAUUGUAAUUGUAACACUGACCAUGCUUAUAAUUGUUAUUAACAUAUUUAUUACUCAUUACUUACGUAAACAUUCAGUAGUGUGAUUCUAUAAGCUAUUUUCAAAUGCAAGGUUCCUUGUGUAAGAAAUUACCUCAAUGACUUGAUUUUUCUCUAUGAUUGAUUAGUUAAUUUAUUUUAGUAGCGUUGUAAGGAACAGUCAUGCUGCUUUAGUCAUUUUUGUAGUUUUAGUUGAGGCGCAAUGUCAUGGUUUAUCGUCUAGUUUAAAUGAUUUUGUUUGCUGUUUUGUACCUGCUCAAUAUAAAACAUCAGUAAUGAAAAUGUGUUUGCUUGGCUCGUUUUAGAUUGCAUUUUCAGUGAUUUGAAUAAAUUAAAUGUUUGCUGACAUAUAAUUUAGAAAUGCAAUGUGUGACAAAGAUAUUGUAUGUUUAUUUUCUAAUGUGAAAAUUUCAUUUUUUAUGUCAAAUUUAUUGUGUCGACGUAAAAAACGUACCUUAGUGUUGUGUGGUAAUCGCACCUACGUCCAGUCUUUUUGGUAUAGUUAUACUGUUUGUCUACUUGUCUGGAUAAAAAUAAAGCGUUUUUUAAUAA